AUGAAGAACAAUUCACUAACCCUAUUUCCACUACUACCCCUCAUCUUACUAAUCCUCCCCAAACCAUCAUUCCCUCAAACCCUACCCCAAACCCAAUUCCCAAACCCUAGACUCUUCAAUGCCUACAUAGCCCUCCAAGCUUGGAAACACGCCAUCACGGCGGAUCCCCUAAACUUCACGUCCAACUGGCAUGGAUGCCACGUGUGCAACUACACCGGAAUCUACUGCGCUCCGGCCCCAGACGACCCUCGGACCACAACUGUAGCUGGAGUUGACCUAAACCACGCGUCCCUCUCUGGCUGGCUCCCGCCAGAUCUUGGCCUUUUGACUGAUCUCGCCCUUUUCCACCUCAACUCAAAUCAUUUCACAGGCACCGUCCCAUACACAUUUUCAAACCUCCGACAUUUGUACGAACUCGAUUUGAGCAACAAUUUAUUCUCCGGGGAAUUCCCCCAAGUUUUUCUCUCUCUACCCUCACUAAAAUUCCUCGAUAUCCGGUUCAAUCAAUUCCAGGGCAAUGUCCCUUCAGGUCUGUUCGACCUGAAGCUGGACGCCCUUUUUAUAAACAAUAAUAAUUUUCAACUCGCUUUACCGACCAGUUUAGGAAACUCCACUGUGUCCGUCUUAGUCCUCGCUAACAACAACUUCCAGAGCUCGUGUUUGCCAACCGGGAUCGGGAAUAUGGCGGGAACUCUGCAAGAGAUUGUGCUGACGAACGCGGGUUUGGGAGGGUGCUUGCCGGACGAGGUGGGUCUGUUGACCCAGUUGACCGUUUUCGACGUGAGCUUCAAUAAUUUGAUCGGGAGUUUGCCGGAGUCGAUGGGGAAGAUGAGGGGGCUCGAGCAGCUGAACGUGGCCGGCAACAGGCUUUCUGGAAAGAUUCCAGAGAGCAUUUGCAUGUUGCCGAGGCUCGAAAAUUUUACCUACUCGGGUAAUUAUUUUUGUGGGGAGCCGAGUUCUUGUUUGAAGCUUCGGAAUAAGGAUGAUUCGAGGAAUUGUAUACCUUACAGGCCGAGGCAGAGGAUUUUCUUGAAAAUAAACAUUCGUGGCUGUAUUUGA